AUGGUGAUUCCCGUACUGAUAGGCGCCCGCGAGCGUAUUGAAAAACUCGGGAAGGUCUCAUUAUCGGAGCUAGCCAAGUCUCAUGCGAUACUCCUCGUUAUUGCUCUAGGCACCGCGAUAGCGGCCGCUCUUCGCUAUCUUCACAGUGCACGGCGUCUGCUCCCCCCAGGACCUCCAGGACUACCGCUGAUCGGCAAUGCGCUCCAGCUGAAAGAGGGACAGUGGUUGCUCUUCAGCAGGUGGCGCAAGACAUACGGCGAUAUUUUCUACCUCAACGCUGCCGGUCAGCCUAUCGUUGUGAUCAAUCACCACUCGAUCGCUGUUGAUCUGCUGGAUCGUCGAGCAGGGAAGUACGCAGACAGGCCGCCCAACAUAGUUGGAUGGGAAUACAUGACUGGUGGCCUUUUCUUCGCCUUUGGUCGUUAUAAUGACGUCUGGCGCCGUAUGCGCAAAGCAUCACACGAGGCCGUGAAUAAAGUCGUUGCUCAUGGCGUCGACGAGUAUCUACUCUCGGAUGCUCUCGCACUGGCGCGAGAUGGCUUACGGGAUGCAUCGGCAUGGGACGAUUACUUGCAUCGGGCUUCUGCAAGCUCAAUGCUAUCAUGUUUAUACGGGGAACCUCCACUUGAAAGCGCAAACGAUAAUCGCAUCAGCUACAUCAAUGACUUCGUUGAGCAUAUGACGCGUGCCAUCGCUCCAGGAGCGUACUGGGUCGAGAUGAUGCCGCUCUUGCGGUACAUCCCGAGCGCGCUUGCGGCGUGGAAACGCUACGCUACGAAACUUAACGAGGAAGCUAACGCCGAGUUCCUCCGGAUGUUUGACCGCGCCCGCGAUAAUGUUACCAGUAGUGAAGAAGACCGGACAUUCUGUUCGACUCUUGUCCAACAGGCCACUCGAUACGGGCUAAAUAGCCAAGAGAAUGCGUGGUGCGCCGCCACUAUGUUCGCUGCAGGGGCGCACACGAAUGCUGCGGUCAUGAGUUGGUGGACGCUGGCAAUGUUGGCUUACCCUGAAACUCAAUUGCGCGCUCAGCGCGAGUUGGAUGCCGUUGUGGGUCGUGCGCGCGUACCCACCUUCGCAGACAUGCCGCAACUGCCUUACGUCUGUGCAAUGGUCAAAGAAGCCCUACGAUGGGGACCUGUUGUGCCUCUUGGACUUCCGCAUCGUUGUAUGGAGGAUGACUACUACAAUGGAUUAUACAUCCCCAAAGGCGCUGUCGUACUCGCAAACGUCUGGGAGAUGAACCGUGAGCCAGAGCUGUUCGGGCCUAACACAAAACAUUUCGACCCGGCGCGUUACCUCGACGACAAAGGGCGGCUGCUGGUGGACCCGCCAGGUGCCCGAGAAGACGGGCACUUUACAUUUGGAUUCGGCAGGCGCAUCUGCGUUGGCAAGCACGUGGCGUACAACAGCCUUUUUAUUGAGAUCGCUAUCAGCCUCUGGGCAUGCAGUCUCAGUAACGUCGAUGGUCAAAUUCUGGACGUUGACGCAUUCCGCGACGAGGGAAUAGUUAUACGACCCGUUCCUUUCAAAGUCGACGUCAAGCCCCGCUUCUCGGAGGCAUUCUCUCUGCUCACAGAAGAGUGCGAGCUGCGUAGUCGUUAA